UUAGAGGCUUACCUUACCUACUACUACUACUUGUAUGAUCUUUGUAUCACAAUUUUUCGUAAUAUUUGUAAAGGGAAAACAAAGUACUCUACCAACCUGAGGUUUCGUAGAUUUUCAGUAAUAAAGUCUACUUCCAACUCGCAAAUCAGAAUGAAUUGCUCCAAGAAGCUUUUAUUUCAGUACCGUAGACUUCAGUUGAGGGGUAUAACCUCCAAAGUAAAGAGACCCUUGGCAUCAAAAUUUGCUUUUGAUCUUGACGAAGAUGUCGGCAAGGCUAUGGAAUCUGGAUCCCUAAAAGCACGUCACCAUCCAGGCCAACAGACUGUGAAAUGUGUUUCACUUCCAUCCGAAUUACUGAAAGCAAUGUCUCAUGUUCUUGCAGAUUAUCCAGGAAAACUGCUUGAAUUUGAUGCUGCAAAACUAUCGAGAUACAUUUGGUCUCGUCAGCUUCCGUUAGAAGGUAUCGAAUAUGAUGAAAAAUUAAAACAGGUUAAAGAAAUGGUAAUCAGUCAAGAGAAAAUUGAUCCAUUGUCACCAGAAAUAUCCCCAGAAGAAAGAAAGCAAUUACUAGAUGUUCGGCAAUCAAAAUAAAUCAUAAAAUGAAAACUGGAGUAUACAGUUGGAAAGCUAUCAAUUAUAAUAAUUACAAUUCAGCGUUAUACCUUGUGAAUCGAUUUUGCCCAGACUAUGCUGCACUGUUGAAAGUGUUUACAGAGAUUAGGAAGAGAGAUCCUCAGUUUUCUCCAGUGACUAUGUUUGAUUUUGGAUCAGGAGUUGGAACAGGCACCUGGGCAAUGGAUAGUAUUUGGCCACGAUCUUGUAAAGAAGUUGUUUGUAUUGAUGCCAGUGAAGAAAUUAACACACUGGCAGAUAGAUUGUUGCGAGGAGGAAAUAUCACAGAUGAACGUCAGAUUCGACCAGGAGGAACUUUCUUCAAACAGUAUCUACCAAUGUCUGAUGUACUUAAGUAUGAUUUAGUCCUUGCAUCUCGGUCAUUGUUUGAGCUUCCAAAUAUGGAAUCUCGUCUGAGAACUUUAGACGUAUUAUGGCGAAAAACUGAAGGUUACCUUGUUGUUAUAGAAGCUGGAACAAA